UUGCAAACGAGGCUGUGGGUGAACUUAUGUCUGUUAUUUGGAUCUAAGAGUAAUUGUCACGUGGUUACAUAAAAAUAUGGCUGACAAAGGUGAUGAAGAAAUUAAAGUCUUUUUAAAACAGUAUCCGGGUAUUUUCCAAGUGAUUGAUCAAGAAGAUCGUAAAAAAUUUGUUUGUAAACUCACUCAACAUGAAAUACCUUACUCUCUAAAGUCUAUUGAAAAUUACACGAGUGGAAAAAAGUUUCAAAACUUAUUUUCCAAAGUUAAAUCUAUACAUACAAUUGACAAAGUAAUUGAAGGUCCAUAUAAAGAAUAUUUUCUGCCUAGUAGAAAAUCAAAAUCCUGUUUAUUUUGCACGCUUACAAAAAAAGAAAUAAAUAAUUUGCCUCACGAAAUUGAGCAGCAUGUUACAGGUUAUAGAUUUAAAAAAGCCUACUUUUUAAAAAAAGAAGCUGAAAAACCUGGUUUAAAUUGUAAUGGUCAAGAUCAAAAAUCACCUAGCAAAGAAACUGAAAUUUCUAUUCCUGACUUUGUAUUAAAUUCUGAUGUUGAAGACAAUAGUGAAAAUAAUGAAGAUGAUAACGAAUCAGUUGAUUCAAAUCUAGUCGAUACAUGUGAAAUUAAUGAGUGUACAACUGUGCCUAACUUCAAACAAAAUAAAAAAUUAAUAAAGAAAAUGAAUUCGAAUGAUAAUUCUCCAGUAAAAAAAAAGAGAAAAGCUACCGAAAUUGAUAAUAACUGUACUACUAAAUUAAAAAAGAAGAAUUCAAUUGAUAAUUGUUCAGUUAAAAAGAAAAGAAAAGCUACUGAAUUUGAUAAUAAUUGUACUUCUAAAUUAACAAAAAAGAAAAACACAAUUAAAAUUUAAUAACUUUAGUUUUCAAAAUUUUUAUAUAUGAAACAUUUUAUGCGAUUCAAGUAUUCCAUCUUAUAUUUUUUAUUUAGUAUCUUAAUUUUUAGGUGUUUAAGCAAUGCUAUUGUUUUGGAUAUUUUUUUAAUCUAGGAAUACUCGUAUUGUAAUUUUUUUCCUGGAUCUAAAAUGAACACAUGUAUAAUAGUUUAUUCAAAAUAAAUUAUGAAAUGCCCCUGUCA